CACUGGCCAUGCAAUUCUAGUUCAUAUAUAUCAUACUGCUCAAGAAUGCAUAGCUAAAUCAAAGGUUAAUUAAUUGUUAGAAAGGUGCAGCAGCCAUGUCCAGUUCAAGAGGAACAGGAAGAAAAUCAAGUCAUCAAAAUUCUCGUCGUCGUCGUCAUCAUUCCAAUAAGAAUUGGGUAAUCAAAUCCCCUCUUGAUCCACAAGGUUCACAACUAUCCUCCUCCUCUUCUUCCUCUUUCAAUUCAGGUAAAAAUCAUGAGCUUUCGCAUGUAAUAGCAACAGUUCAAGAACCCCAUCAAGAUUCAAUUGACUCACAAGGGUCACAACUAUCCUCCUCUCUGAAUUCAGGUAAAAAUUUAGAGUUUUCGCCUGUAAUAGCAACUUCACAAGAGCCCAUCUCGGAGUUUAUUCGGAAAGAACAAAAACCCCAUCAAGAUUCAAUUAAUCAAAAAGGGAAAAAUCUAGAGUUUUCGCCUGUAACGGAAGAAAAAGUACAAGAAUCCACCUUGGAGUUCGUUUCGAAAGAUCGAAAACCCAAUCAGAAUAGUACAGGAAAGAGUGUAGAGAAAGUUGAGGGAUCUGGUUUGUGUAAUGAUGAUGUCGAUGAUGUUUGGAGAAGGCUGGAGGAGCUGCAAUUGGGUGCUGAGGAGCCCGAAUUAUCGCCUGAACAACUUAGAAUCAAUGAUCAAGCUCAGGAGGAUGAGUUAUUAGUGCUGGAAUCAAUUUUUGGUGAAAAUGUCUUCAUUCUUGAUAGAAGAAAUGGUCUACGAUGUUUUCAGAUUCAUGUACAUAUUGAAGUUCCUGAUGAACUGACGGUGUCUGUAAAUUUGAGUUCCUCUAGUGCUCUUGGAACACCAGAUGAUAAUUCAUCUGAGUUCUCAUACUCCCUCAAAGUUGAGCAUCUACCACCGAUUGUGUUGACGUGUUUAUUACCUAAAUCGUAUCCGAGCCAUCAUGCUCCUCACUUUACAAUAUCUGUCCAGUGGUUGAAUUCAGCAAACAUUUCCUCUCUUUGCUCCAUGCUUGAUUCAAUCUGGAAGGAACUAGCAGGUCAAGAAAUUUUAUACCAGUGGGUCGAGUGGUUGCAUGGCUCUUCUCUUUCUCAUUUGCGGUUUGAUCAAGAAAUAAAGUUAGGCUUUUGUGCCGAGAGUUACAUUGGAGAUCGGCGUGCAAUUUCAGGGACUGUCUCACCAGAGGUUGAUAUCCCCUCACUCAAGAGCUAUGACGAGGAACAACGCCAUGAGAACUUCCGCAGAAACAUUCAUCAGUGCUGCAUCUGUUUCGAUGAAUUUCCUGGUAUGGAGUUUGUGAGGUUGCCAUGUCAGCACUUCUUUUGCUGGAAUUGCGUGAAAACUUACUCCGACAUGCAUAUCAAGGAAGGUACAAUCACCAAGCUUUUAUGCCCCGAGGCAAAAUGUGGAGGUAUGAUUCCUCCAGGUUUGCUAAAGCGCUUACUUGGUGAAGUGGAGUUUGACCGCUGGGAAUCAUUGAUGUUACAGAAAACGUUGGAAUCAAUGAAAGAUGUGUGCUACUGUCCCAGAUGUGAAACAGUAUGCAUCGAGGAUGAAGAUCAGCAUGCCCAAUGUGCAAAAUGUUUCUUUAGUUUUUGUACACUCUGCAGGGACAAGCGUCAUGUUGGAGUUACAUGCAUGACACCAGAAAUGAAACUUAUUAUUUUGCAG